GACAAUGACAACCCAACUGCUUAGUGCCUGCUACUUACUACCAGCCUACGCAAGUGUGGCAAAUCCAAUAACAACACCUCAGGUCCUUUUAUCAGGCUUGUUUGCGUGGGCAUUACAAGUACUUCCUUCCUGUGAGCCAUCUAUUUAAUUAGCAGACAACUGAGAAAUUUAGUAUACCGGCGGUAAUUAUACUUGGAGAGUUGGAGUGGAUACGCGUAGAUUGCUGAUCAUGUCUCAAAGGGAAGAAGAAAAUGAAGCAUCUACAGAAAUUGAACUGCAUUCCUUAGAAGCUGAUAAUCCUAUUUAUGAUAGAUUGUCGACAUUGUCUGAGCCCGCACCAGAUUCACCUUUGUAUGAUGAUGUAGAGAUAACAAUUGAGAGACAAUGUCCUCCACUGCCUGAGGCCGAGGAGUAUAUUGAGAUGUCGGCACCAGAUCCAUCUUUGUAUGAAAAUGUAGAGAUAACAAUUGAGAGACAAUGUCCUACUUUGCCGGAGGCUGAUACUCCUCAUCAAGUCUGUAGGAGGACUACUAUGGUAGACAUGAAGUUGUACAAUGAUCAGGACUCUACUGGAUGUACUGAAAGGAAGAGAGUAAAAUGCUACUGUGUUUUUAUGAUCAGCUGUAUAGCUGUCAUAUCAUUGAUGAUAAUACCGGUAUUGGUUUUUUCAUUUGCUAUAUCUGUACCAAAUAUGGAAGCAAUAAAAGCAAAACUUGAAGAAAUUGAUGGAGAGUCAGCUAAAACAAGAAAAGCGAUUAAUGAGUUAAAUGCUACUAUCACUCAGAUUAUCAACCAGUCUUCAUUUGUGGUGUCUGAUAUAAAUUCAACUCUUGCAGGACAAGAGGAAAUUGAAGCAGACCUGAGGAAUGUGGACGUCUAUAGUUCCUGUAUCCAGGAGUACUUGUCCAGCUGCUCUAUGCCUAUUGAUAUUUUUCGCUGUACAACUGACUAUCAUGAUGUCAUUGUAGAUGGCUAUUAUAAUUUGGAUCUUGCCUGCCAUAUUGAAGUUUUAGGAAAUGAGACUGUAUUUUUUUCUCCUCUUACUAACCUAAGAAUGAUGGCACGUUCGGGAGAGACUAUCCAAUCGAGUGAUUCUGCGUCUGUUAAAUUAGCCAAGUCUAAAGUUAGAUGCGAGUGUGCUAUGGUGCCUCUCAGUACUGGUGCUACAAGGAAUGAAGAAAUCCAUUGUCAACUUUAUCGUUCCAGGUGCCCUUUUACCAGCACCUUUAAGAGUGUUCUUAUCAAGCCUUAAAGACAGUACUAUAAUAAUUACAACUGUUAUAAUGUACAUUGUGUGAGUUUGUGUGCGUAUAUAUAUAAUCAGCUGGUCUGAUUUGUAUACCUAAGCCUUAAAGACAGUACUAUAAUAAUUGCAACUGUUAUAAUAUGCAUUGUGUGAGUUUGUGUGCAUAUAAUAAUCAGCUGGUCUGAUUUGUAUAUCUACUUAUUAACUUCUAUUUGUGUACUUUCCAAAAAAA